AGGUGGAAACGCAGCAGAAUGUAACGUUGCUUGUAAACGGGCUGUCCUCACGUCUUCAGGGCCAUUGCCAGUACCCGUCUCCGCUUUAAGGACGGCGAGGUUAUUCGGUGUUUUCGGGGGAUGGGUGUUGCACGGACGGUCAGCAGAGGUGACUAAUGUUUGAAAAGAUGUCCAACUUCCUCGAUGCGGCGUCCAGAGUAAAAUGGGACCGCACGGCUGCGGCGAAAAGAGCCGUCUUCCUGGCGGCUGCGGCUUAUGGUGUUAAAACGCUGUACCCCAUCAUCUGGAAGCAGCUCUGCGGGAACAAAAAGCCCAACAGCGAUCGCCUGACCUCGAAGGCGGAGAAUGGCUCAGCGUGUUCUGGGAAAGCUCAGAUAGACACUGUGGGCGAUAAGAAAGCAUCCCCGGGAGUCAACGCUGAGUUUUUCAAGCAGAUCCUGGAACUUGGCAAAAUCCUCUUUCCUAAGCUUGUUUCUAAAGAGCUAGGUUUGCUGUGCUUGCACUCUGUGGCGCUGAUAUCAAGGACAUUUCUGUCCAUUUACGUGGCCACCUUGGACGGGAAGAUAGUCAAGACAAUCGUGGAGAAAAAGCCCCGGCACUUCAUCUUGCAGCUGAUGAAAUGGCUCCUCAUCGCCAUCCCGGCCACGUUCGUCAACAGCGCCAUCCGGUACCUAGAGUGCAAGCUGGCUCUGGCCUUCCGCACCCGGCUGGUUAACCACGCUUACCGGACCUACUUCACCGAUCAGACCUAUUACAAAGUCAGCAACAUGGACGGGAGGCUCGCCAACCCAGACCAGUCUCUCACCGAGGACGUGAUGAUGUUCUCCCAGUCGGUGGCCCAUCUGUAUUCCAACCUCACCAAGCCGAUCCUGGAUGUAAUGCUGACCUCCUACACGCUGAUUCAGACCGCCAGGGCGAGGGGAGCCAACGCUAGCGGGCCGACUCUGCUGGCCGGGCUGGUGGUCUUUGCCACGGCCAAGGUCCUGCGUGCAUGCUCCCCGAAGUUUGGCAAGCUUGUUGCAGAGGAAGCCCACAGAAAGGGCUACCUGCGCUAUGUGCACUCCAGGAUUAUUGCUAAUGCUGAGGAAAUAGCUUUUUACAGAGGACACAAGGUGGAGAUGUGUCAGCUACAGAAGUGCUACCGAGCUCUGGCGGAUCAGAUGAACUUGAUCCUGUCCAAGCGUCUCUGGUACAUCAUGAUCGAGCAGUUCCUCAUGAAGUACGUGUGGAGCGGCAGCGGGCUCGUCAUGGUGGCCGUGCCGAUCAUAACAGCCACUGGUUUCGCUGACAACGAAACAGCAGGUGGACAGGCGCAGCUGAUGGUGAGCGAGAGGACGGAGGCGUUCACCACCGCCCGUAACCUCUUGGCCUCCGGAGCUGAUGCAAUUGAGAGGAUCAUGUCCUCCUACAAAGAGGUUACAGAGCUGGCGGGCUAUACCGCGAGGGUCCACAACAUGUUUGUAGUGUUUGAGGACGUCCAGAAGGGGAUCUACAAGCGCUCCUUUCUCUCUGCUACUACAGGAACAACGCUGAAGAGCAAACCUGAGAUGCACAUAGACGGGCCCCUGGAGAUAAAAGGCGAAGUGAUCGAUGUGGACAACGGCAUUGUGUGUGAAAACGUGCCAAUCAUCACACCGAAUGCAGAUGUUGUGGUGUCAUGCCUGAACCUAAAGGUGGAAGAGGGCAUGCACCUGUUGAUCACAGGCCCAAAUGGAUGCGGAAAGAGCUCUUUGUUCAGGAUUCUCAGCGGACUGUGGCCCGUCUACGGUGGCCGCCUGCACAAACCUUCCCCCGAGCACAUGUUUUACAUCCCUCAGAGGCCAUACAUGUCAAUUGGUUCACUGCGAGACCAGGUGAUCUACCCAGACUCGGUGGAGGACAUGGCCGCCAGAGGGCUGACCGACAAGGACCUGGAUGCCAUCCUGGACAUCGUCAACCUGAAUCAUAUCGUCACCAGAGAGGGAGGCUGGGAUGCUGAGCUCGACUGGAAAGAUGUCCUGUCUGGAGGCGAGAAGCAGAGGAUGGGCAUGGCUCGCAUGUUCUACCACAAGCCUAAAUAUGCUCUGUUGGACGAAUGCACUAGUGCUGUGAGCAUUGACGUAGAGGGAAAGAUUUUCCAGGCUGCCAAGGAUGCCGGCAUCUCACUGCUCUCCAUCACGCACCGACCCUCCCUGUGGAAGUACCACACUCACCUGUUGCAGUUCGACGGGGAUGGGGGCUGGCGCUUUGAGCAGCUGGACUCAGCAACCCGCCUCUCCCUCGCCGAGGAGAAGCAGCGGCUGGAGGCCCAGCUCGCCGGCAUCCCCGAGAUGCAAAGUCGCCUCAACGAGCUCUGCAAAAUCCUGGGAGAUGACUCCGUCCUCAAAACAGUUGAGGAGUGAGAGCGAAGAGUUGACAGGCGAGUCAACAGACAGGGAGGCAGGGAAAGAAAUCAACAUCUAGCACCUUUGUGUUAGCCUUUUCAGUUUUUCAUGGUUUUCAUGUUCCAAGCAAGAGCCCUGUUGUCUCCACCCUCUUCUAUUCAAUCCUAUGCUCCAGUUUGAGAGGUGAGGGGAGUGAACAGAGCACAUUGACAAGCAUUACUCCCCCUGGCCACACACACACCGACUAUAAUUAACUGUAGACUUAACAGUGGGUUUUAGUGAUUUUUACUAGCAAAAGCAACAGAAAUGUUGAACCCAGAUUAAUUAAAAUGAUUGUUCAGUUUGUGAUCUUAUAGCACUUUACAUUUAGAGGGCUGCCUCUGCUUGUUGUAAUUUUUUAUGCUGUGGUUAUCAGCUGUGGUAGUUUUUUUUUUGUUGUUUGUCUUUUUUUUUUUUUUACUCAAAGCAGUAUUCCAGGGGACAGCAAAGAUGGCUGCCCUUCUGUUUUUACCUCCAGUUCAGCAAAUAUUUGAUCAUUGCUGAACAUAUUGAGAGAGCUUCUUUUUUUUUUUUAUAACUCCUGUGUUUGCCUUUGGUUCUUAGUCACUUUUCUCAAACCUUUUGUCAAAUUGCUGAUCACAUUUUGCCUGCAGACUCCAUUGUCAGUGAUUAGUGAUGCAGCUCUGGCUCCCAAAGUUUCUGCUUUAUUGAGCAAAUACAAAGAGCUAAAGAGAGCAGAGAAGCAGGGGAAGCUGAUGCUUUGUUGUCCUUUAGUUAGCACAUAUAUUUUGCACGUGGUCAUGCUGGUGGCUGCUCAGAUAAAGCAACUAUCAGCCACCUAGUUGUAGUUAUGCUGUUGACACACACCACGCGCGUGUCUGCUUGGGUUGCUUUCUUUUAAAGGAUUUUGAAGAUUUCCGCCCAUUCUUUGCAGAAUAUCUUAAGCUCAGUUAGAUUAAACAAAGAACACCUGUGGAUUGAAGUCUGGACUUUGACUGGGCCAUUCAAACAUGAAUAUAUUUUGAUCUACAUCAUUAUGUAUGAUUUAGGGUAAUUGUUUAAUCGUAAGUCUUUUGUAGUCUCUCGCAGGUUUUCUUCUAGGACUGCCUUGUACUUAGCUGCACCUCCUUUCCCGUUAACUCUGACCAUCUUCACUAUUCCUACUGAAGAAAAUCUUGCCCACAACAUGACGGUGCCACCUCCAUGUGCAGUGUGAGUUUUACACCAUAUAUAGUUUUGCAUGCGAGCCAGAAAGUUCUUAUCUAACCAUGUAUUACAGAUUUACUCUCUUCCCUACAUGACCUGUUAUGACAUUCUUUCAGCAACGGCAUUGUUCUUGACGCUUUUCCAUAAAGACGAGUAUAGAAGAUACCUCAUAGUGGAGUGAACACACAUGAUCUAACUCUCAAUGAUGGGAAGUGCUUUUUUUACAGGCUGUAGAUACUGUUCUAGAUACUGCCUGUAAAUUCUAGAUGUAAUUCUAGAUUUUUGCCGAUACAAGCAUGUCGUUUGUUUUCCCGACGUCGAUGACAUUGAUCAGAUGAGAUCAGAACUUGUGAUAGUGUGAAACUACUGAUUUGUGACGUAAGCUUCCGUUUGCUCCAUGAAGAAGCCCCCGAUCCCUUCCUCGUCUUCAAGGAUUUUUAUUUAAUUGGGUUCCAACCUGUGUACAUGUUCGCUACAUCCUGCAUGAAUCAAAUCAGGAGCGGUGAACUUAUGCCUUAUGAAUACACAGUGCUGUCCCACCCCCACCCUUUGCUGCACACUUCCAGGCAGCUGGCUGCUCUAUUACUGAGCCUAGGUAUCAAACUCAAGAAACAAAAACACAUUUUAUAGAUCUUAUAAAAUAAAUUCAAUAAUAAUUUGAUUGCUAAAUUUGUGCAGCAGUGGGAAUAGUUCUUGCUUUUUUGGUUUUAAAUAAACACAGUUCAUUUUUUAACCUUUUCAUCUGUAUUUUCUGUAAAUACAGCGAUGCAACAAGCCCAUACAUUGUUGCAGGCAGUUAAAACCGACAAUCAGACCAUCAUGGGCAGAAUGUAAACAGAUGGGCUGCUGUUUUUAAGACUGUGACCCAGACAUGCUGAGAUGUCUUAUUGAACAUGUAAUAUAUGUUGUCGCAUUGUCAGGACGGAGCAGAUCUCUCAACCUUAAAAGCUUCAAUCCUUACUUCUAAGAAGCUUCAGAUCAGCUGGGUGUGGUCAGAAUCUUGACGUUUGCCCCAAAAAAAACAUGAAUGAAGAGCAAAAAAUGGCUACUGAAAAUGUAAACAGCUACUAUUAUUUUGAAUAGUCAUGUAAUGUAAUAAAAUGCAUAGAGAAUUAACUUGGUACGAAAGAAGCACCUUGUAAAAUGGAUUAAUUACUUUUUAUUUUACUGAACUGGACUUUCUGUUUUGAGUUUAGACUUUGUCGACAGGAGGACAAGUGAGCCGCUGAAUGACACAGAGUCUGCUGAGUGACACUAGACACUAGAGCAUGAGGGCAGCUCUAAGUGAUGCUGAUGUUACACAGUUUCAGUUAUUAAAUGAGAAAAAAGUAAGAAUCUUCAUGUUUACAGGAUACAAUAAAUGAUGGAGUGCCCUCUUCCUGAUGUAAUUGUGCGCAUUCUUAGAUUGUGCUGUUAGAUUUGUUUUACCUAAUAUUUUACAUGUAUGAGGUAAUAAGAUGCUGAUGUGGUUCUUUGCCCUGGUUUUUUUCCCAAUAAAAGACCUAAAGCUUGAUACUAAA